AAAGGUGUGUGGGGUUAGGGUUAAUAUUUGACACUGCUUUAUAUAUCCUCCUAGUCGGCCCCUUGGAAUGCAAAGAACGCCUGUCCCGCGCUGCCUAGUCAAACAGUAGGUGAACAGGCGGCCGACACACAACAUAUGUUUCCAAUCCACCACCGCUAGCACUCCUAAAGCCUCCAACGUCAAGCGAUCGAGGGGGUCCCGGGUUCGAUUCCCGUGAACGACAUAUUUCUCCGUUGCAGUCAAGCCUGUGUGCCUGUGGAAAGGAACCGUGAAACGACAGAGCGGCGAAGAUGGGAGGAUACGGUACAGCCCUGUCGGUAGUUUGCGUGACCCUGGCCGUCUUAGCUGUGGAGGGAAUCGACCUCACGAGAACAUGGUCUCAGGGCCGAAGCAUGAACAGCGGCCGUGUUGGCAGGGACGUCGCCGUGAGUCGGUCUAAGCGCGCGUACUGGGAUGACUGCAGAAACGACGGGGACUGUCUGGACGGCGGCAGGGAGGACGGCCUGCUGUCCUGCCAGGAGCUCAUCUACGACAACGACCUCAAGCGGUGCCAGACGAAGACGUGCGAGCGGGACGCCCAGUGCGGGCAGCAGGGGAAGUGCUCCAUCGACCCGCUGGACACGAUCGGGGGCUGCGCCGUGCGCUGUGACGGCCUGGACGACUGCGACUCCGGCGAGAAAUGCCACAAAGAACCCGGAGACACCUACGGAGCCUGUCAGUACAUCAUCUUAUCUAAGUGUAACGUGAACUCUGACUGCGCGCAGAACGAGCGAUGUGCCCGCCGGGACGGGGAGUCGCGAGGCGCGUGCGGAAGGACCUGCGGACGGCGGUCCGACUGUAACGACGGGGAGGACUGCAUCCGGGAGCCCGGGGCCAGGGAGGGCGCCUGCCGCUUCAUAGCCAAGAACUAAGAACGAUCGAUUAUCAUCUUGACUGAAAAGGGAAGAAAGAAGAAGAGAGAAAGAAAAGAACGAAGCAACCGGCUACGGCACCAGUCAUCUCUUCCAUAAUGACGCUCGAAGUUCUGUAUAUAGAACAUCUAAGUUAUAAAUCUAUAAAAACUUUGCCAAAUUUACAAUUCUAAUUACGAUAGCUGUGCUGAUUAUUUUUUGCAAAAAUUGACAUAUUGUCACUUAUUACCAUUUUGACGAUGUAUACCUCAUUUUAUCUUUCGUAUUUAGGUGUAAGGUUAUACUAAUUAAAACUUGUUCCAGAUAUGAAGCAAACUACAAUUAUGAUAUACGUGUAUUAUACAUUUAUAACCUACUCUUUACUUUAUAACUUCGCUGGUGUGUUACGCCGACGGGUGGAUAUACUGGUUAUAGAGAUACAGAAAUACAGAAACAGAAACUCUUUUUAAAACAAAAUUAUUCUACAUAUAUAUGAUGUGAUUAUAGACCAAAGCGCCGUAUUUUUUGCAACGUCGUAACCUUCCUGAUAUAAAGUUACGGUUUUGACAGGUUUCUUGAUUUAACAAAAUAGGUUGAAAGGUCGGCAAUCCAUA